AUGCCGAGCGAGAUCUCCUACAUCCGGGCCUCGCACGUUCGAGUCCUGCCGGCAGAGCUUGACGGCUCGGCCCUGUACCUGCCUAUGGAAAGAAUGGUCGUGGCUUUACGGCCUGAGGCUGAUGCAGCCGGCAACGGUCGCUACACCAUUUUCGAGCCGGGGCAAAGGCCACGGGUACGAGCCUGCAGACAUGACUGGAGACUUAGUGACUACGCGGCUGAUGCUGCCGGCUCCGCUGUCGGCCCGAUACGUACACUCCAGUUCAUAACCAGACCUAUGUCGGGCCUUCCGUGCCCCCAGCUCACCCUUACGCCCACCAGCGCAGCUCCUGAUGCCCUUGCGGUCCCGUUCGACCUCAGAGAGUUUGCCCUGAAUGUUGUGACAGCCACGGUGACAAACCAGGCGACCAUGGAGGCCCUGCCGGAUAUCUUGGCCAACGGUGCCCCUAUACCGCGCCUUUUGAGCCUCCCGCGAGGCCCGCCACGGGCCGUCUUGGAUGCCACCGGGCGCAGGCAUGCUGACUUUCUGGCCCCCCUUUUCGAGCUGGAAUGGGCAGUCUUGCACUAUGAGGAGCCUGGGGGGGACAUUGAGUAUGCCACUGCCACCAGACCGGAUGCGUUGACCGCUUUGAGGGGCGAUGUACCCUCUUUGCUGGGGAGGGAACGACGGCUUCAGCCCACCUUCCACCCCCCCGCUUUCGAGUGUCGCCCCGCUUACAUCUUCGAAGAAAGUGUGGCCAUCCAGGACUCUCUUCAGUUCACCCUGGACCGUGGCAGCGGCCCCUAUGGGCGACAGCGCAUUCAAUACACCUUGUUUGCGUGGCACAGUUGGCCGCGGCACCUACUCGCGGAACCAGAGUGGAUGCUGUCCGACCUGGCGGCGUUUGCGGCAGCUUCUCAUGACGAGUCCCUGCGCAGCAUGCAUGUGCUACAAAGCCCCAUGCCAGGUAUUGCCACGCCGCAAAUGGUCGCGACCUCCGUGGAUGUUGUGGACCCAUGGAGGAUCAUACCAGUAGACCUCAGACCCAUUGGAGGAGACAUCUUCUGCCCCCCCCUAGGCCCUGACAUGCCGGCAGAGGAGGUCUAUGCCAGAAUCCGGCCGUUCGUCACCACGAAUGUCGCGGUGCAGCUGCGAGUUGAGGGCCAUGGGCCUGUGUACCUGCAAGACCAAACAGGUGCAGUCUAUGAUACCCUUCCCGGCACCCUUGACAAUGUGGAUUGGCUUGCAGUGCGGCCCCUCCACAGGACUGCUCCGGCGUCCCCUAUCUCUGAGGGCACCACGACAACUACGACUGGUGUCGUGGCUGGGCCGGUCCGUGUCCUGGUCGCUCUCGUGACUGGCGCCCAGACUUUGCGUACCCUGCCUGUUGAGUUGGAGGCCUUUGACGCCGCGGUGGCCCUGACGCGGCUUGUCAGUGCAGUUGCGCGGAGCCGCGCUUUGCCUCCUGGGGGCUUUGUGCAACAGCUUGCGGCCUAUCCUUCACAGAGCCCAGACGGUAUUCAAUCCAUCCCUUUUGUCCUGGCGUCGGGGCGACCGGGCCUCGUGGCAGUUGUGGUCGAUAUAACCACCUGUGGGCAAGGCAUUUACUCCGUGGAGAUCCCUGAGAACACCUGGGCAGAGGACCUACUUAAGCCUAACCAGCGUGCCAGGGAACUGACUUACUUGGUCAACGGCAUUCCCUUGCAAGGCAUUAGGCGGCCGCUCAGGGCAGGGGAUUACUUGCAGCUGGUGCCCAAUUCCUGUCGAGGCACCCUCACUAUCUCCCCUGCAACAGUUUGGAUGAGGCGGAUCAGGCAGUUGCGCCUGUGGGCGCUCCCCGUGGCAUUUCCGCCCCUCACGCACGGCCAAGGAGGAAUCUCCACAGAUCUGGCAGAGCAUGCAGCCAGAGCGUUCUUAAGGUACUACCGCGAGGUUGAGGCGGGGAGGUUGCAAACCUUCGGGUCCUUCGGCCCGGGCAAAGUUGCCAUCUGGGUCCUCUCGGCAUGGAAUCCUCCGAUGCUCUUUGCUGCCACCUGUGCCAUAGCGGAAGAGGCCAUCCUCAUCGAGGGCGAACGCCCGAUAAGCUUGACCGAUUCAGUUGUCAUCCAAGUGGGCGCUGCCGACCCUUAUCGUACUUUGCUGCUUCCAGUCCCCGGAGAUCCGGAGUUCUUCAUGAUGACAGCCAUCAACCCGCUGGCCCCGAUUGAGCCUACACUGCAUGUGCUGCCGAGACUUCCCUACACCACGGUAUUCCCUCCCGCCGAAGUCAAAGAUGGAGCAGUCUUCAGGGUUCGGGUCCCCGCGGGAGCCGUGUCAGUUCAGGCGCGAGUUCGGCCCCGGCCAGAGUCAACAGGAAGUGCUACCAGCAGUCUCAGCCUGCUCCAGGCUGGUGUCCGACUGUCCAGGACGAAUGCAGCUUCGGGGUCGCACGGGCAUCCUGCCCCUCCCUGCACUGUUCCCACACCUCAUGGCAGGAGGCGUCUUCCUAUCAAGGACGCCCCAGUGGUACAAUCUGAGGUGGCGACAUCUGGCGAGUGCUGUCCGCGCACAGCUGCACCUGACUCGGCUGCGGCCAGUCCUUUGCAACUAGGGCCUAUUGUCGAACCUCCUCGACACGGAGCCUAUUUUGGGGUGACUCGUGAGAUUGUUGCCCAUGCCCUGGCAUCAUUUGCACAGCGACCAACUGAUUUGGUUCCUAGGGCUAAGCAACUUCUGCCAGUUGCGAGGAGAACCUGGCAGCUCCUCGAGCCGAUCGACCCCCGGUCGCCUCUCCAGGCCAUGCUUAUCUACACAGACGGCUCCUACUGCCCUCAGUUUCAGCAUGCCAGUUGGUCCGCUGUGAUCACCGCGCAACAGGAGAACCGCCCCUGCAAAAUCGGCGCUCUCGCUGGCAAAGUACCCACUUCAGAUGGACCCGCUACUGCCUUCCGAGCCGAGGUCUGGGCGCUACUCCAUGCUGUUGCCUAUGUUGCUGCCAAUGGAAUCACGCGAGCCACUAUUGCGUCGGAUUGCCAGUCUGCCCUCGAUAUUGUCUUCGGCGUAGCCCGCUGCGACCCAAGUGACAAGGCGGGUAGAGCUGCACAAAGCCUGCUGCUUUUGGCUCGUGCGCAGGGAUCCGUGCUUUGCCCGCUCAAAGUGGAGGCACACUGCGGACUGCCCCUCAAUGAAGCUGCUGACGCCGUCGCAAAGACGGCCAACCUGCAACAGGCCCACCCGGACUUCAGCUUCGAGGCUCCAGAUCUCCUUGCCUGCAUUGCAGAUGGCACGGUCGAAAGACUCUGGAUGAUUCACGCCCACCGGUGCAUGCCGGCACAGCUGCCUCACCUAGGCGACAGCGGCGAGUGGGGGUUGCCGUCCUGUAAUCUUAGCCCCACCACACGCGCGACCUCAGUCUCUUUUUGCACCCAGCCUCCAGAGAGCGAACAAUGGCAGUUGGCACUCAACCUCAUUACCUACAACUGCCUCUCAGCCCGGAGUCGCGCCGCCAAAGCCCUGCUCGACCAGGGCCUGCACCACAGACAAUGUGCACUCGCAGGACUCCAAGAGACCCGCGACCUCGAAGAAGGUGUGCAGACGACAGAGCAUUACUGGGUCGUCUCCUCGAGCUGUGACAAAUCGGGAGCUGGCGGCUGUCAGGUUUGGAUUUCCAAGUGCCUCCCGUGGGCACGCGCUGGCGAGCAGAUGAUGCAGCCAGCGCGUGACAGCAUCUGCGUCUUGUUUGCCUCGCCGCAGCUGCUCAUUGUGCUCUUCCGUGUUGGCACCCUCAAGGUUGCAUGCGUGGUUGCACACGCCCCUACCUCCACCGCCCCACAGUCAGUGAUCGAUCAGUGGUGGAAGGAUCUCAGAGAAGCUAACCUUCGGGUCCCACCCGGUCACGUCCGUAUCUGCAUGAUCGAUGCCAAUGCUUCCUUCGAGUCACAUCCGGACAACCCCAGCACCAUUGAAGCCACCCCCUCUGGGGCUAAUUCCUUCUGUUUCCAGGCCUUUUGCCAGGACUUCUGUCUGUGCCCCUCGGCGCAACGUGAUGUGUCCGGAAAUCGACUUUUCUCCUGGACCAGCCCUGGGGGUGAGCUUAAGCGCCUCAUCGACUACGUCUGUGUUCCGGAUGCCUGGAAAGAGGGGUUUGCCACAAUGCCAAACUUUUGUCUGGGGGAUAUCCGAGCUGGAUUCGACCAUUCCCCCGUCCAAGGAUGGCUGCGAGCUCAGAUUGGACGGGCAGCUGCGGCGACUGCCCUCGCCACGAUGCCUCAGGUUCCUUGGGACGUCGAUGCGACCACGCACUUCGACGCGCAAGCCUGCUUGAGCGCACAUUUACCUGCGCCCGCCAAGAAACCGCGGAACCCGGCUUUCUCUGACAAGUCCCUCGAGCUCAUCCUCACCAGGCGUCGUGUGCGUACUGUCAGAGAUCGCUUGCGCCGUCAGCUGGCAUCUACCUUGCUUUACCACUGCUUCGCUGCGUGGAGAGGCCGGACUGGCCGCACUGCAAGCCGACUAGCACAGCUUGCCGGCCUUGCAGACCGCACCGCCAAGGCAGCUUUUUCCUACUGUGCGCUCAACAAGGCCGUGCACGAAGGCCUGGCUGCAGACCGAGCAGCUUUUACGCGGAGGGCAAUCGACCAUGCGAGAGGCAUGGGCUCAGCCGAGUUUGCGCACCACCUACGAGCUGUUCUGCGGACUGGCAGGCGGUACCGGGCUCCACAGCUCCUCAGGCCUCUCCAAUGCGACGCCCAGACAGCCGCAUGCGAUACCGACAUCCUGGCCGCGCUGGGAAAACACUUCGCCGCGCCUGAGCGGGCAGCUUUACUCCCCAGCUCCGAACUGGCGGCCAAGUUUGAUGGGGCCACUCCCCUAGCCGAGGGCACGGAUUUUGAACAACUGCCCACUUUAUCCGACCUUGCUGCCGGGGUCUUGGCGUUGAAGCCACGUAAGGCGGCGGGGGUUUCAGGAUUGGCCGCCGAGCUUUUCCGUGCCGAUGCCCUCGCUUCUGCUGCGGUGCUUUUUCCUCUGUUGGCCAAGACGGCGGUCAGAGGCACAGGUCCGGCACAACAUAAUGGGGGCCUGGCUCGGGCGAUCCCUAAGGGCAAGCUGCAGGCGAGCAACCCAGGCGGAUGGCGGUCUAUCCUUCUUUUGGAGCCCUCCGCUAAGAUCAUCCAGCAAGCCUAUAGGCCCCAGCUUAUCGCCUUUCUGGAAGGCCACAUGUCACGAUGCCAGUUCGGGGGCCUUCCGAACCGACGCCUCGAGCAGCCAAGCGCCAUUGUGCGUUCGCACUUUGCCAUGCUAAGGGCCACUGCACAAGUCGGCGGUGCAGUCUUCAUAGACAGCCGAGCUGCCUAUUAUUCUAUCAUACGGGACUCCCUCGUCGCGAGCAGAGUCGAGCUCACCACGGCACAGCUCCGCUGCCGCGCCCAGGUUCUGUUUCCUUUCCGAGACGACCAGGAGUCUUAUGUUAGGCACAUGCAGGCCGGAGGCAUUGUGCGCACGCUUCAGCUGCCGGAGCCCCUAGUGCGCUACCUGGAAUCCCAGCUGGGCACCACGUGGUUUUCUAUGACCAAUCCCAUCAAUGCAGCCUAUGUGGCCGAUAGUGGGACCGCCCCAGGGUCUCCUAUCGCUGACGUGCUCUUUUCGUUUGUGUAUGCGCGGUUUCUGACCCAGGCAGAGGACUUGCUGAUCCAGGAAGGCCACUACGUGCGCCUGUGCACCACUCAGUCCCCUGAAGCCGUGCCCACCUGGGCCGACGACACCGCUUUUCUACUCGGACCGAUCGCACCUGUAUCUCUUGCCCCCUCUCUCCGACGUGUGGCUGAGAUCAUUUGCGGGGGGCUACGCCAGUCAGGUCUUGAGCCGAACCUUUCUCCUGGUAAAACUGAGGCGGUGAUUCAUUUCGGCGGUCCAGGGCACCAGGCCUGCCGACGAGCCCUGCUGUGCGUGACGAAUCCCGGGGUCACCUUCUCGCAAGAUACUGAGCGCAGCGGGCACCUGCGAGUGGUGCCGCAGUAUGCCCACCUCGGCACCAUCAUUUCCUAUAAUGGAGCCGAGGGCCCCAAUCUGCUCCAUCGAGCUGCCCUCAUGCGACAGAUCUUCAAGCCCGUCCGCAGCCGUCUCUUUUACAAUCCCCACCUCUCUCUCAAGGAGAAGAGACGGCUCCUCGAGGAAAGGGUCUUCCCCAGGUUCCUCUACGGGGCGGGGCUGUGGUGCCCGCGCACGGCACACGAGGCCGAACUGGCCGUCGACCCCAUUCACACUGCCAUGCGCAAGUCAUUUCGCCCACUGCUGGGUCUGUCCUCGGCCGGUUUUUCCAAUGACGAGGUUGCUGCAGCCCUGCAGCUGCCCACUCCGGCCGAGCGCCUGCACCAUGCAAGGGCUUCGGCCUUCCUUGUUCUCUUGGAGACCGGUUCAGCCGAAACCUGGGCGAACUAUGAGGCAGACGGCACGUGGCUCUCCAUGGCCUGGCAGUCGCUCCAAACUGUUUGUGGGGAACGCUUGCCGGUGCUCUGCAAGAGGUACCUGCGCACAUGUGUGGCACAACGCACGCCGGUGCAGCUGAGCGAGCGCAACCCCGACGAGGCUCCAAGGCUCGCAGUGCACCUUGCGAGGAUGCACCGCAUACGUUCCAAGGUUGCCUAUGAUCACUCGGACCUUGCACCAACCGGUUCACAGGUUACAGGCAAGGGCCUUCGGGAUGUUUUCUUGCUGUACAGAAUGCUAGGCACCUCCUCGGAGGAGCGCGGUUGGUGCCGCGUCGAGAAGACCUGCCGUGAGCUUUCACCUGACCAUACUUGGCUGAUCAUCCGGAGCGCCACGGAGAUCGAUUUCAUGUCGGAUCCUGCUUCAACCCUGGGUGGGCCUCCAGGUGAGGGCCAGUUUACAGUCCGUGAGGACCGCGACCGGCUCGCACCAAUUCUCCUGGUGGCCCUGAAGCGCACGUUGCUCCUCAGGCUGAGGAAUCAUGACCUGGCUGGUUAUCGUGGACUACUGAACCUCCAGACGGUCCACAUGCGAGGGUUCCCUCGUUUCCGCGAGCUUGAGCUCGUGCCCGGUACCGGGUCGGAGUGUGGCUUCGAUGUGGUGUCGCGCUUCUUCCGUCAGAAUGGCUUCGUAAGCGUCAAGGAGGUGGACAGCAUGGGCUGGUCACCGUUGCACUAUGCUGCGAUCCGAGGGGACGCAGAACUGAUUCAAGGCUUGCUGGUGCUGCGGGCGAACCCCAACGCAACGACCAGGAGAGAAAAUCCAGUCACUGGGUUUCGCCGUGGGGAUUCGGCCUUGAACAUGUGCCUCUUUCACAAACACAACGAUGCUUGUCGUACGCUCCUCGCCGGCCGGGCAAGGGUGGACGACUCCUUCCGAGGCUAUCCGGCGUGUGCCGCGGCCAUGGCUGACAAUGCCGAGGGCCUCCGUCUCCUGUGCGAGGCCGGUGGCAAUCCUCAUCAGCCCUUUAUGGGCGUCGUCUACCCCUUCACGUUGGCCUGCAUGUUUGGUGCAAGGGCCGCCAUCGACGAGCUCGCGGCGCGAGGUGCUGUCCACCUCCGGGAUUGUCUCUCCUAUGCCAUGCUCUUCCGCGGCGGUACGCCUGAAAUGGCCCUGCAGUUGAUUGCGAUGCGGGCGAAUGUGAACGAAAGGUCCCGUUUCCCCCUGCUGUCACCGCUCGGAAUCCUCUUUGCUGUGAAGUCUCUCCAGUACAGAUGUGGCAGGGUCACCCCGUUGACCACCAUCGCAUAUCGAGCAAACGCAUGGACGCCGCUGAUGAAUGCAAUCAUGUCAGGGCAGUAUGAUGGCGCCACCGCGCUGAUUCUUUCAGGGGCGCAGCUGGAUCUGCGGGAUUCGGGCGGGGCCUCGGUCAUGGAUAUUGCAGAGGGGCAAACCAUCCCGGAGUUCGUGCAGAAGGCCUUCCAGGGGAAUCUCGACGACUGUCGGAGCGUGCUGCAACUGGCACUCUUGCAGAAUGACGACCUUGAGGAAAUGAUCACGGAGGCCUUCUGA